AUGCCAGCAAAAGCAAAACACAGCACACUUGCUUUCUUCAUAGUUGAAAUGAUUCUUCAACCAUCCGGUGCAAAUUUAGCGCUCGUCAUUGGUAAUGGCAACUACAGCGAGAAGAAAAAUCAACUCGAUCAUGCUGUUGAUAAUGCACAAGAAUUCAGCGAUAAGCUCACAGCAUUAGAUUUUCAAGUUACCUUCAAGAAGAACGCUGGUAAAUUAAUGAAACAUAUCAUUGCUGCCUUCAUCGAGAAAAUAAAAAACGGUGAUUUGGUCCUAUUCUAUUUUUGUGGCCAUGGUUGCCAGGCUGAUGGAACAAAUUUUUUCAUGCAUGUUGAUGAUUCUGAUAUAGCAGAUGAAGCAGAUGUACCGGCGUUCGGUAUAGAUGUAGAAAAGACAAUGGAGCUACUAGCACGAAAAGUGAAUUCUAAUGCCAUGAUAUUCAUUGCCGAUUGCUCUUGGCCAUACACUUUCAAAGGCCCGGUUGCCGGACGUGCUCCUGUCAAUGCCAAGAGCUUCGGUGAAAUGAAGACAACUCCAGAUGGAGCGAUCAUUUUGCUUGCCGGCGCUCCUGAUGAAACUCCAGCAGAUGCUUUGAAAAUAGAGGUGCCCAAUUGUGUACAUAAUGGCAAAUGGGAAUCAAAUGCUUACACCAUUGCGGGGGGCUAUGGUCCAGGUUCCGCCUGCGAUAUGCUACAUUAUCCUAAAGGUAUUCGUCUAGACGCCGACGAAAACCUUCUCAUUGCUGAUUCUUCCAAUCAUCGUAUUGUGAAAUAUUAUUCUGGUGCCAAGAAAGGCAUUAAAAUAGACGGUAACAAUAUAAGUGGAUAUGGAGACCCCUGUUUGUGUGGACCUUCCGGUUUAAAUAUACACAAACCUUCAAAGACUCUGGUUAUUUGCGACUAUCACAAUAUGCGAGUAAUUACUUAUAUGAUGAGACUAUGCAAAUGUGGAAGAAAGAUCGUUGGUAAUGAAAAAUGCUGUGAAAAAUCUCCGAAGAAAAAGACAUUUAGAAAAACAGUUAUUCGGAAUAUUAAAUGUGGUGGAGUGGCAAUAGACAAAGAAGGUAAUGUCUAUGUUUCUGACACCAAUAGACAUGAGGUAAGGCGUUAUAAUGCAGACGAUUGGAUGGAAACAGUAGUAGCAGGUGGAAAAGGACAAGGUUCACGUUCAAGUCAACUCAAUCAUCCAACAUACAUAUUUGUGGGAAACGAUCAAUCCGUGUAUGUAUCGGAUACCUGGAAUGAUCGAGUAAUGAGAUGGAGAAAAGGCGCAAAAGAAGGUACACUUGUCGCAGGUGGUCACGGUAAAGGAGAUGAUAGAAACCAAUUGUUUUGUCCAACGGGACUCCUCGUUGAUCAAUUCAAUGCAGUUUAUGUAGCUGACUACUGGAAUCAUCGAGUAAUGCGAUGGCGCAAUGGCGAUCGCCAAGGAACUGUCAUUGCCGGCGGACACGGCCCAGGUGAUAGCGAAAACCAAUUGAAUAAUCCUGAAGGUAUAGCGUUCGAUCCCCAGGGUAACCUCUACAUAGCAGAUUCGAACAAUCAUCGCAUUCAAAAGUUUUAUUUUCAGAAAAAAUGA